AUGAGAGGGUUGUCAGCCUCAUCGGCGACUCCCCCCCCCCCCGCUAAGAGCAACCGGACUUCUGGCAUACCGCUGUCAUGGCUCCUCGAGCACCGGAGCAAGUGCCCGGAAGAUGCCGAGCCCCGGGUGGUGGAGCAGUACACUAGGGCCUACCUGUGGUACAUUCUCACGGAGGUAGUGUUUCCGGACUGCUCCGGGAACUCUGCCCUAUGGAUGUAUCUCGACUUCCUAAAGGACUGGGAUGCGGGGUACAGCUGGGGGGCCGCCGGACUCGCCUACCUAUACCGUUCGCUUGACGACGCGACCCAGAGAGCGGAAGUCACGUCCGGUAUGUGUGGAUGUGUAUGGGGCCUCUCCAUUUGGAUGUGGGAGCGAAUCCCGGUGGGCCGUCCGGAGAAGCUGCGUUCGCGGGCAUGGACGGACUAUGGCCAAGAUGACGAAGAUGAUCGGAACCCGACCGUCGCAUACGCUUGGGACGUGGUACGUGUCUACACGGGCGAAUUGAAGGCCUUGUACAAGGUCUUCAGCAACGAGCUUGAUGCUCUCACGCCUUUCCAGGUUACUUGGCGGCCGUAUAGUGAUGAUCGAGAGUGGGGGUUCGAGCUGAACUGCAAGCAGGACCGGCUUCUCUUCCGGUGCAUCAUGCCCAUGAUUUGUGUCUAUGCCGUGGAGUACCACUUGCCACACCGCGUUGCCGCACAAUUUGGUAAGGCGCAACACACACCACCAGCCGGCCACGAUACCGGUGGCUACGACCUACACCUGAUGAGUAGGCAGAAGAAUCAAUCAAUCACGGAUUGGGAAGCCGAACAUGCGAGAUACGUGAAGGAAUGGAACGAGUGGAAAGGACGCAAAGACACGGAGAGGAGAGUGAUUGACUAG